AUGUCUGGCACGCUGCGCAUCGCGGGCGCGGUGCGCGGCCCGUCUCCGUCCGAGCGGCCGGCCGGCGACACCUCUCGCAAGUACGUCUCAGUCGACCACCUCGGCCGCGCGCACGCCGUUGGCCGGCGCAAGCGCGCGGUCGCGCGUGUGUGGGUGUGGGAGUCGGAGGACCCGGAUGCGCCGCAGGUGACGGUCAACGGCCAGUCCGUCUCGCAGUUCUUCGGCGGGCACUGGGACCUGCGGUACGCGGCGCUGUCGCCAUUCUUCAAGACGCAGACCGCGGGCCUCUACUCGGUGAUGUCGACCGUCCGGGGCGGCGGCCGCUCCGGCCAGGCGGAGGCGCUCCGGCUCGGCAUCGCCACCGCGUUGCAGGGCCUCAACUUUGACCUGCGGCCGACACUAAAGUCGGCCGGCUUCUUGACUCGCGACCGGCGGCAGCGCGAGAGGAAGAAGCCGGGCCAGGCGGGCGCGCGGAAGAAAUUCGCGUGGGUGAAGCGCUGA